AUGGCACAGUUUAAAUUGAAUGGGUUCAUAGUAAUGGAUUACUUUAUAGAGGAGCUAGCUGGUUCAUUGACAUACUUAGUAAGCUUGAACAUAAGUUUCUGUUACAAUGAUGGACAGCCUUGUAACAUUAUAGCCUCAGUAUUGGAGAACACACUGUUGCCAAGAGAUUUGUGUGCAUGGAACACUGACUACCUCAUUCCUGGCUUUUCACUGAACACUUGGCUGACAGAUAAUUUCCCCACAGUUGGACAUCCAUUACCAGAAUAUGCUGUUGAACUCCUGUUUGAACAGUUAGGGAUCUCACAGUAUCGUCCUUCUACACAGUGUAGUGAAACAGCUUUAUACAUGUCUAUACCACCUGGAGAAUGGCUUAAUGAUUGUCCACUGAGCACCACUAUCCCAGACCUAGAUCCCAGCUACACAGGUAUUGCCUGUCAUGUGACCAGUAUGUGUACAGGUGUCGACUGCUGUGUGACCUCUACAGUAUUAGAUAGGUCAUUCAAUGUCAAGGUUGAGCUGGCCCCUUGUGACUACAUCCUGACUAUUGGUAUUGAUGAUUUUGUAUACAGUUUAUCACUGGAAGAGUUUAGAAUGGGUGAACAGCAACAGUUUUCUUUAGGAGGUGUUGUUAACAUUAUGUUUGUGGUGUAUGAUUUAGCAGCAUCUAACUACUAUCUGAUGUCAAUGAACAUUACUAUCUGUACAGAAAGUAUGGCACCUUGUGAGCAGACGUUCAUUGUCCUGGAUAAUGUCCUACUACCGAAAAGACAAUGUGAAUGGAAUGCAACUUUUGUGAAUCCAACAUUUUCUCUAACUAACUGGAUGAUAAAGAAUGGUGUGACAGCACCAUUACCCGGCUUUGCUAUAGCCAUAUUGCUGGAUGAUCUUGCUGUGUCACCCUGUCUUUUAUCAAGUUCAUGUGACAGAGGGAGAAGUCCUUAUAAUAAAGAAGUUACAGAUGGAUGGAGAAAUGUUUGCCAUGAGGAUCUGAAUGUGACCUUGACCCCUAUAGCAGAAGAUGACCAUGUGACAUGUAUAUUCAACUGUUACACUUCAACCUGUUGUUAUGAGGUGGACGGUAUUGACCGUAGCAUCAUGUCCAGUGUAACAAUAAACACUUGUAAAUCAGAGAUGAGACUGACCAUAGAGAGAAUAACACAGACAGUAUCACUACAAGAUUACAGCUUUGGUUCAGCAGCCAGAUUUUCAUUAUUUGGUGUCUUUAGGAUAGAUUAUACAAUCUACGACCUUGAGUCAGAACACAACUAUCUGAUAUACAUGACCUUGAGUACAUGUUUUGAAUACAGUGGAACCUGUAUGUUUACAACAACCAUCUUUAAUGGAUUCAAACUACCAAAGGAGAUCUGUACAUCAGGGACAACAAGACUAGAUACAUCAUUUGACUUUGAGACAUGGCUAGCAUCUAAAGAUUUACCCAGCACAACCAUCCCUCUACCAGAAUGGGCUGCCACUCAGCUUGUAGAAGAACUAGGUGUGGCCAAGUAUGUCUCCACGACAGAGUGUUACAAUCUGAAAUCUCCAUUUAUUGAAGCAGAUGCAGUUAAUGGAUGGAAAAAUGAUUGUGUCAAUGUUACCAACACCCACAUGUUUGAUUCUGGUACCUCACGUCUUGUCUGUAGUAUUCCAGUAGGAUGUAGUGGCGCCAUCUGUUGUAUGGAUAUACCUAGACUAAACAGAUCAUUGGAAGUGUCCAUGCUGAUAGAACCAUGCACCAACAAACUGUUACUGAAGAUAGACAAAAUGGAGAAUAACCUUCUUCUGUCUGAUGUCACAUUUGGUGUGCAUUACAAGUUUUCUCUGUAUGGCAUCAUCAAUAUUGAAUAUACUAUUAGAGAAGUAGAUUUUGAGGAUCAGUAUGAGGUCAAUAUGACCUUGACUGUAUGUUUUGAUUCUACAACAUGUGAAAUAGAACAUCCUGUAUUCAUCAACACAAUACUUAUAAAGGAAGUCUGUAACUGGACAUCAGAAUUCAAAACUCCUGAUUUUUCCAUGAGUUCGUGGUUGUCUGAUAGAAAUUUAACCAUGACCUCUGACCUUAAUGACAUAAAUGCAGAUGAACUGUUACAAGAUUUGGGACUGACAGAUUUCAUGGGUAGUACCAGUUUAUGUGACCAUGGAAUUUCACCUUUUAAUACUCUGACAAAUGGAUGGAAUAAUGAAUGCACCACGCCAGGGAUUGUUCUUUCAAAUAUCUCCCACCCAGCAGCCUGUCACGCCAACUCUGAUUGUAACAGAUUCUCCUGUUGUAUUGAGGUCGGUAUUUUAAAGAGGUCAUUGUUUGCAGCAGUAUAUCUCAAUCCCUGCAGAUAUAACCUACAAGUUCAACUGGAACAACUGACUAUUGAUGUGGACCUCUUUACAUAUACUUGGGGAGAAAGGAAACAAUACUUCUUGUAUGGUGUCUUUAGAUUAGAGUUUAUGAUCAACCAUGUAGCCACUGAGAGAGCUUAUGUAGUGGAUGUAAACAUCAAACUUUGUUUUGAAGCAGGAUCUGGUAGCUCAUGUUACCAAGAGUUUACAGUACUAGAGGAUACCAGAAUACAGUAUCCAAAUUGUAGUACCAGUGGAUUGGAAUCACUUCCCUUUGAUGGUCUUAGCCUUGACUUUUGGGAACCUGAAGUUUGUUAUUUCUUCAAUGGAACUGUUUUUCCAAGAAUAUUCUACAUAGAAACAACCACAGUUGAGAUUUUUACAACAGGCAACAUGACAACAGAAGAAAUGACAACAACAGGCCAGACAACCACACCGGAGAUCACAACCACACUGGAGAUCACAACAACUCCAGUUAUCACUUCUACCAUAACAACUGAGACAACAACUGUUGCUACGACAACAAAUGACGGGACAAAUGUUACAGAAGGAAAUAUGACCGAUUUUACUGAAGCAAAUAUGACAUAUGUGACAGAGGCUAUUGAAACAACAACCAUGGAGCAGACGACUGUUAUUACAACAACAGAAGCAACAACCACCAUCUUAACAACAACAGAAGCAACAACCACCAUCUUGACAACAACAGAGACUUUUGAUUAUUGUAUUAAACUAAACUUUACCGACCUUGGUGAGGACAGCUGUGAGAUGAAAUACGACUGUACUGGUGUAGCUUGUUGUUUAGCUAUUAAUUAUUUCCCUUCCUUUUCAGAUUGUAUUAAACUAAACUUUACCGACCUUGGUGAGGACAGCUAUUGUAUUAAACUAAACUUUACCGACCUUGGUGAGGACAGCUGUGAGGUGAAAUACAACUGUACUGGUGUAGUGUGUUGUUUAGCUAUAGAUUAUCUCCCCUUCUUUUCAGAUUGUAUUAAACUAAACUUUACCGACCUUGGUGAGGACAGCUGUGAGAUGAAAUACAACUGUACUGGUGUAGCUUGUUGUUUAGCUAUUGAUUAUCUCCCCUUCUUUUUAGAUUGUAUUAAACUAAACUUUACCGACCUUGGUGAGAACAGCUGUGAGGUGAAAUACAACUGUACUGGUGUAGUGUGUUGUUUAGCUAUAGAUUAUCUCCCCUUCUUUUCAGAUUGUAUUAAACUAAACUUUACCGACCUUGGUGAGGACAGCUGUGAGAUGAAAUACAACUGUACUGGUGUAGCUUGUUGUUUAGCUAUUGAUUAUCUCCCCUUCCUUUCAGAUUAUAUUAAACUAAACUUUACCGACCUUGGUGAGGACAGCUAUUGUAUUAAACUAAACUUUACCGACCUUGGUGAGGACAGCUGUGAGAUGAAAUAUGACUAUUGUAUUAAACUAAACUUUACCGACCUUGGUGAGGACAGCUGUGAGAUGAAAUACGACUGUACUGGUGUAGUGUGUUGUUUAGCUAUUAAUUAUUUCCCUUCCUUUUCAGAUUGUAUUAAACUAAACUUUACCGACCUUGGUGAGGACAGCUAUUGUAUUAAACUAAACUUUACCGACCUUGGUGAGGACAGCUGUGAGGUGAAAUACAACUGUACUGGUGUAGUGUGUUGUUUAGCUAUAGAUUAUCUCCCCUUCUUUUCAGAUUGUAUUAAACUAAACUUUACCGACCUUGGUGAGGACAGCUGUGAGAUGAAAUACAACUGUACUGGUGUAGCUUGUUGUUUAGCUAUUGAUUAUCUCCCCUUCUUUUUAGAUUGUAUUAAACUAAACUUUACCGACCUUGGUGAGAACAGCUGUGAGGUGAAAUACAACUGUACUGGUGUAGUGUGUUGUUUAGCUAUAGAUUAUCUCCCCUUCUUUUCAGAUUGUAUUAAACUAAACUUUACCGACCUUGGUGAGGACAGCUGUGAGAUGAAAUACAACUGUACUGGUGUAGCUUGUUGUUUAGCUAUUGAUUAUCUCCCCUUCCUUUCAGAUUAUAUUAAACUAAACUUUACCGACCUUGGUGAGGACAGCUAUUGUAUUAAACUAAACUUUACCGACCUUGGUGAGGACAGCUGUGAGAUGAAAUACGACUGUACUGGUGUAGCUUGUUGUUUAGCUAUUAAUUAUUUCCCUUCCUUUUCAGAUUGUAUUAAACUAAACUUUACCGACCUUGGUGAGGACAGCUAUUGUAUUAAACUAAACUUUACCGACCUUGGUGAGGACAGCUGUGAGGUGAAAUACAACUGUACUGGUGUAGUGUGUUGUUUAGCUAUAGAUUAUCUCCCCUUCUUUUCAGAUUGUAUUAAACUAAACUUUACCGACCUUGGUGAGGACAGCUGUGAGAUGAAAUACAACUGUACUGGUGUAGCUUGUUGUUUAGCUAUUGAUUAUCUCCCCUUCUUUUUAGAUUGUAUUAAACUAAACUUUACCGACCUUGGUGAGAACAGCUGUGAGGUGAAAUACAACUGUACUGGUGUAGUGUGUUGUUUAGCUAUAGAUUAUCUCCCCUUCUUUUCAGAUUGUAUUAAACUAAACUUUACCGACCUUGGUGAGGACAGCUGUGAGAUGAAAUACAACUGUACUGGUGUAGCUUGUUGUUUAGCUAUUGAUUAUCUCCCCUUCCUUUCAGAUUAUAUUAAACUAAACUUUACCGACCUUGGUGAGGACAGCUAUUGUAUUAAACUAAACUUUACCGACCUUGGUGAGGACAGCUGUGAGAUGAAAUAUGACUAUUGUAUUAAACUAAACUUUACCGACCUUGGUGAGGACAGCUGUGAGAUGAAAUACGACUGUACUGGUGUAGUGUGUUGUUUAGCUAUUAAUUAUUUCCCUUCCUUUUCAGAUUGUAUUAAACUAAACUUUACCGACCUUGGUGAGGACAGCUAUUGUAUUAAACUAAACUUUACCAACCUUGGUGAGGACAGCUGUGAGAUGAAAUACAACUGUACUGGUGUAGUGUGUUGUUUAGCUAUUGAUUAUCUCCCCUUCCUUUCUGAUUGUAUUAAACUAAACUUUACCGACCUUGGUGAGGACAGCUGUGAGAUGAAAUUCAACUGUACUGGUGUAGCUUGUUGUUUAGCUAUUGAUUAUCUCCCCUUCCUGUCAGAUUGUAUUAAACUAAACUUUACUGACCUUGGUGAGGACAGCUAUUGUAUUAAACUAAACUUUACCGACCUUGGUGAGGACAGCUGUGAGAUGAAAUACAACUGGACUGGUUUAGCUUGUUGUUUAGCUAUAGAUUAUCUCCCCUUCAUUUCAGAUUGUAUUAAACUAAACUUUACCGACCUUGGUGAGGACAGCUGUGAGAUGAAAUAUGACUGUACUGGUGUAGCUUGUUGUUUAGCUAUUAAUUAUCUCCCCUUCAUUUCAGAUUGUAUUAAACUAAACUUUACCGACCUUGGUGAGGACAGCUAUUGUAUUAAACUAAACUUUACCGACCUUGGUGAGGACAGCUGUGAGAUGAAAUACAACUGUACUGGUGUAGCUUGUUGUUUAGCUAUAGAUUAUCUCCCCUUCUUUUCAGAUUGUAUUAAACUAAACUUUACCGACCUUGGUGAGGACAGCUAUUGUAUUAAACUAAACUUUACCGACCUUGGUGAGGACAGCUGUGAGAUGAAAUACAACUGUACUGGUGUAGCUUGUUGUUUAGCUAUAGAUUAUCUCCCCUUCUUUUCAGAUUGUAUUAAACUAAACUUUACCGACCUUGGUGAGGACAGCUGUGAGAUGAAAUACAACUGGACUGGUUUAGCUUGUUGUUUAGCUAUAGAUUAUCUCCCCUUCAUUUCAGAUUGUAUUAAACUAAACUUUACCGACCUUGGUGAGGACAGCUGUGAGAUGAAAUAUGACUGUACUGGUGUAGCUUGUUGUUUAGCUAUUAAUUAUCUCCCCUUCAUUUCAGAUUGUAUUAAACUAAACUUUACCGACCUUGGUGAGGACAGCUGUGAGAUGAAAUAUGACUGUACUGGUGUAGCUUGUUGUUUAGCUAUUAAUUAUCUCCCCUUCUUUUCAGAUUGUAUUAAACUAAACUUUACCAACCUUGGUGAGGACAGCUAUUGUAUUAAACUAAACUUUACCGACCUUGGUGAGGACAGCUGUGAGAUGAAAUACAACUGUACUGGUGUAGCUUGUUGUUUAGCUAUAGAUUAUCUCCCCUUCUUUUCAGAUUGUAUUAAACUAAACUUUACCGACCUUGGUGAGGACAGCUAUUGUAUUAAACUAAACUUUACCGACCUUGGUGAGGACAGCUGUGAGGUGAAAUACAACUGUACUGGUGUAGUGUGUUGUUUAGCUAUAGAUUAUCUCCCCUUCUUUUCAGAUUGUAUUAAACUAAACUUUACCGACCUUGGUGAGGACAGCUGUGAGAUGAAAUACAACUGUACUGGUGUAGCUUGUUGUUUAGCUAUUGAUUAUCUCCCCUUCCUUUCAGAUUAUAUUAAACUAAACUUUACCGACCUUGGUGAGGACAGCUAUUGUAUUAAACUAAACUUUACCGACCUUGGUGAGGACAGCUGUGAGAUGAAAUACAACUGUACUGGUUUAGCUUGUUGUUUAGCUAUAGAUUAUCUCCCCUUCAUUUCAGAUUGUAUUAAACUAAACUUUACCGACCUUGGUGAGGACAGCUAUUGUAUUAAACUAAACUUUACCGACCUUGGUGAGGACAGCUGUGAGAUGAAAUACAACUGUACUGGUGUAGCUUGUUGUUUAGCUAUAGAUUAUCUCCCCUUCCUUUCAGAUUGUAUUAAACUAAACUUUACCGACCUUGGUGAGGACAGCUAUUGUAUUAAACUAAACUUUACUGACCUUGGUGAGGACAGCUGUGAGAUGAAAUACGACUGUACUGGUAUAGCUUGUUGUUUAGCUAUAGAUUACCUCCCUGGAAUCAGAAACACAGAAAUCCGACUGGAAAUAGAUACAUGUGGUGUGAAUGACACUGUAGAAAUGACAUGGACAGUGGAACGGAAAACUGGAACAGAAACUUUUAAUGGCCUUAUUAUGGGAUCAACAAAACAGAUAGACAUAGCCUCUGCCUUCCAAUUAAAUGUGACCUUCGAUGAUGAACAUUACAAAUGGUUCUUCGUCUCUGUAUCUCUGAGAGCGUGUGAAGUAUCGCCAUUUCCAGGGGUCUGUCAAACAUUCCAGGUCCUUCAAUCAUCAGGGAUUGCUAAAAAUUGUCAUGGAUUACAUUUCUCUGCAAGAAGAAGGAAGAGAGAUACGAAAGACGUAUCAUUUAGAAGUAGGACUCUGAUGUCUUUUGAUGAAAGUGAUAUCUCUAAAGAUGGUACUAUAGAACAGUUGAUAUUUGACGAGAUUGUUAGAAGACAGAUCAGAAUAGCAAAGAGAUCCACAGCAGAACCUGAUGUAACCAAUUUUAAAGAAGGCAUCAAAAUACUGUUGGACAGAAAUGCUUCCAAUGAAGAAAUAGUUACAUAUGUUACCCAAGUCAGGAAUUAUGAGCUACAAAAGAGACUGAAUAAUUUCCAGUCAGUUGACCUUGGAGAUGGUGACAGAACUACAGGUCAAAGGUCAGCUCUUAAAGCUCUAGGGUCAAGUAAUCCAUUCUCUCUGUAUACCAGUAGAGAGACCUUUAAUGGAAUGUUUAAUACUCCAGGAGGUGAAGCCAUAUUCCUGAUGAUCAAUAGCAGUGGUUUACCAGAGAGCCAACAAACUUAUGUGAUUGGUCAAGGUUUGUCAGUGAAUGGUACCAAGCUCCUAGCUGUUAAGUUGGCCAACCUGACAAUCACAGACCUGAGAAACAUCAUGGACAUGAAACGCUUGAAACUGAUGUCAGUGAAAGAACUACUAACAGACAUCAGAGAUUUGACUAAAGCACUGUAUUUUGAUUUCUAUGAUGAACUCUCUAGUGAAGGAGAUAAUAUAUUCACCUCCUUAGAUCUGACAUUGACUGGUACCCUGGACUUCCCAAGACAAGAUGUACAGGCCAUGGAGUAUACCAAAGACUUCCUGCUUGGAGGACUGGUUCCCAUGAAGUUUGAUUUUAACGUUGGAGGGUAUUAUGGUAUGAAGUUUUCUGUAGACGCCUCACUGGCUGGAAUGACUGCCACUUCUGGUAUCCAGCCAUUUGGUGGGGCUGUGGUGUCUGGGCAACUACAAGUAGGCUAUGCUAUGUCUGCGGUUCUGAAACUAGAGGGACAGAUCCUGGAACUCAAAUUUCCAACUGUUGCAGAAAUAGCUUUCAAUAAGUUCCCACUGGAUGUUGGAGUAGAAAUGACAUUGAAAUUGACCCCUACAAGAUUGAGUCUCAAUGGUGCUGUUACCCUAAAUGUCAAUUUGUUGGUAGAGAGCUUUAAUAAGGAGUUAUACAGGAACCAGUUGUGGUAUUACUCUACUCCUACCAUAGAGAAGAAAGUUGUGAAUGAAAGGAGAAGGGAACCAGAUAAUACCCCUCCUGUCAUCUCAUCAUAUAUUGGUCAAAUGACAACAAACCAAUGCCAUGUCAGACAAAUCACCAAUAGAGACUACACCCAGCCUCUCUUUGAGAUAUCUGUUCAUGCUGAGGAUGACAAAAGCAUGGUACAGUUAACAUUAGAUGUUGGUACUGCACCUGGUGGUAAUGAUGUACUGUUAGCAUUCAAACUAGGAGGACCAAGUACCAUACUUAAUAAGCCACUGACAGUAACUGGUGUACCCCUUUACUUCACUGUGUGGGCAGAGAACAGCUCAGGUCAAAAGUCACAGGUCACAUGCUCUCUACUAUCAUAUGAUAUAUCAGAACCUACUGGCAGACUGACUGCGGAUUUCAUAACAACCAGUAACCCUGCUGUACUACGAGCAUUUGUUGUCAUCACAGAAGAUUCGGCUUUGACCUUGACCCAGAUUGGUGUAGGUUAUGGAAAAGGUCUCUAUGGUGACCAAGUUGUGCCAUGGACUGAUGUAACAGUGGAAACUACAGAGCUGUCUGUAUCUCCAGCUGAUGAUCCAGACAAUGUCAAAGUCCUUGAUAUAUUUACUGGACCAAGAAUAGGCCGACUUGUUGCCCCAAUGUUACAACCAGGGAUGUAUAAACCUACCUCAGGAGAUUGUGCACGAGUUUGUGCAGACAUGCACUCCUCGGAAUGUCCAAGCUUUAACUAUGACCUAUUGCUAGGUAACUGUGAGUUACUGACCAGUGUGGAAGGAGGCCAAUAUUUCCUUGCAGCCUCGUCCUUGUACAGACACUACCAACGUCUGGGUGUUGGUAACAUAGCAAACUUUGUCUACACAGAUUUGAACUUGCAGGACAAUGUGCUAUAUUAUUUUAACUUUCACAUGGUGAACAGUUUGGGAUAUGAGAGCUAUAUUUCAUCUGAAGCAGUCAUGGUUGAUUUAACAUCACCUGAACCAGGAGAAGUUUACAACGUUAGCAGUGAUAGUACAGAAACAGUUCCUUGUUUGGAUUUGGUACCAAGUGACAGACCUGACUGGAAAGUUUGGUGUCUAGGUGUUAACAGUGCUGUCAAAAAUCACAGAAUUGUGGUUGAUGGUCCAGGAUCUUUGACUGUGUUUAAUGGCUUGGUUUUUAUGAAUGAUUUAACCUACACAAGGGCUAAUCAGUAUAUAGCAGUGAAUUGGGUUGGAUUUUCUGACAAGGAAAGUGGAAUUCUGGGAUAUACUGUUGCCGUGGGAACUGCCAUCUGCCAGGAUGAUAUUUAUGGACAUCAUGACCCACAGAGCCAUUUAUUUGAUGCCUCACAAUGGAUAAAUAGUGCCCUGAUCAGUCCAGUGCUAUUAAGUGAUAACAACUAUUACAUAACAGUUAGAGCUUUAAAUAAUGUGACAUAUGGAGGACCUUUAGCAACAAGUGUUUGUCACAGCACCCCUUACACCAUUGACAAUUCACCACCAAUUAUUCACGAAAUCUUCAACAUCCAGUAUGACGAAGAAAACUAUACUAUUUCACUGGAGCAUAUUUCAAGUGAUCCUCAAUCAGGCCUAGCCUAUGUAGAACUAUGUCUUGGUAGAAGUAAACAGGAUUGUUUAGAAAUGGACUGGGUCAGAUUUGGCUACAGUACAAAAAUAAACCACACAAUACAAAUAUCAGAUGGUAUUCCUAUAUAUGUCAAAAUCAAAGUCGUUAGCACAGUUGACCUGAGAGCAAUAAAGAGUGCUGAUGACUACAUCAUAGUUGAUAGAACUGCCCCAGUUGCUGGACAAGUGUACGAUGGAUCAGUUCUGACUGUAGACCAAAGUUUUACUAAUGUUAAUGAUAAGAUUUGUCUAAACUGGAAGAACUUUGUGGACUUAGAAUCUAGUAUAAGUCAUUACAUGAUCAGUGUUGGUACAGAGCUAGAUAAGUCUAUUACUGAUGUGGUUAAUCUGACACGAUAUGAAUCUACUGUUACCCAAGCCUGCAUUGACCUGGAACCAGACUCCUAUCUACAGCAUGAUCAGACAUACUACUCCACAGUAUGGGCAUUAAACAGUGCCAGCAAGCAACAAAAUGUAUCGAAGACAUCCAAUGGCAUUUUGUAUGAUGCAACCCCACCUUUGGCAGGAGAUGUAAUAGAUGGUACAGAGAGUGGAUUUGUGGAUUUGGAAUACUCAUCUAGCUCAGCAAGAGUUGAGGGACAGUGGAGAGAUUUUUCUGACCCAGAGUCUGAUAUAACACAGUAUUCUGUACAAGUUUUAAGUGCGGGGGAUCUAACACAUGACUAUGAGGUCAUUAAAGACUGGGUCCAAUACCCUAGUGAUACUGAAAGUGUGUCAUGGCUUAACCUUGACCUUGAACACAAGGAUAGAGUCAAGGUCAGUGUCAAGGCAACCAAUGGAGCCCAGAAUACUGUUGCAGCAGAGAGUAAUGGGUUUGUGGUAGAUCUUACUUCUCCAGAACUUCUGUACAUUGGAGAUGGAACUGUAGCACAGGAAGAUGUCAAAUAUCAGGGAAGCACAACAGAAGUUUCAGCUAAUUUUAAGUUUUCUGACCCAGAAUCAGAACUUGAUCGUUUCCAGAUACAAAUCUAUGAGAAAUAUCAGAGAACAAGAAGACAGAUCUUCCCAGUAACUGUUGGAGAAUGGCAUAGUAUUACAGACAGCUCAAAAAUUGACUACACCCAUACUGCUUUGACCCUUAACCCUGGAGGGAGGUACAGCAUGAAGGUUGGAGCUGUGAACAAAGCAGGGGCAAUAACUGCGUUUGAGACAGAUGGUGUUAUUAUUGAUAAUUCACCACCUACAGUCCCGUCAUUAAAGGUUGGUCCAUUAACUGCUGGACAUGAGGUUGUUAUGAGUGGAUUUGUUAAGCAAGCAGACACACAGGGUAUCCAGGCAGCAUGGCAAGGAGUGGAUUUUCAGUCUGGUAUCUCAGGGUACCAGGUAGCAGUGGGAACAACUUCAGGUGGCACAGAGACACUGGUAUGGACAGAUUACGGUAUGAACACUGGAGCAUACAUUGAUGGUUUGACCUUGGCCUUGACCUCUGUUUAUUAUGUCAGUGUCAAGGUUCAGAAUGGAGCAGAAAUGUGGAGUAAUGUGGUCACAUCUACACCAGUCCAAAUUAUUGGAGGAAGUAAAAAAGGUGUGAUUAUUGAUGGAGCAGACGGCACUGAGAAUGGAAUUAUGGGUAAUGACAUUGAUGUCACCUUGGAUGUUACUACGGUUACAAUACAGUUUGAUGGAUUCACUAGUGAUGACCAAGGCAUUAUGGGAUAUGAGUGGGCUGUGGGAACAUCUCAAGGAGGAGAAGAAUUACAGGGCUUUACAAAACAAGGAAUUGUAAUGAAAGAGGAAACAUCUAUUGGAAAUGGUAUUGGAGGUUCAGGAACUGCUCAGAAUAUUCUGUCAUUAGAACCUGGAAUGACGUACUACACCACCGUCAGAGCUAUUACUAAUGAUGGCAGUGUCAUCCAGGCAGAGUCAGAUGGAGUUUUGGUGGAUAGGACCCCGCCAACCAUCUCAUUUGAAAGUUUGAGUGGACAUGCUGCUUCAGAUACCAACAUUACAGAAGGAGGUACACAAUACCAGACGACAUCGACCAUAUAUGGGCAAUGGUCCUUCAAUGACACAGAAACUGCCAUAGAGAGAGCAUGGCUGUCUGUUGGAACCUACCCUGGAGCAGACGACAUCAGUACAAGGUCAGAGGUCAAUGUGUCAGCCCUUGGUGAGGGUAAUCUGCCCCUUGGUGCUAUCAUACCUCAAACCAGUGGAAAGCCAAACAUCCUGAAUUUAUGGGUACAAAAUUCAGUAGGACUAAUGUCUACUGCGUCGUCUGCUGCUGUUGUCAUAGAUACCACACCACCAGAUAUAGGAAUUGUCACUUGUCCAACUUUUGUUUCUGCCUAUGGUCAGGUCAAGUGUACUUGGACAGGUUUUGUGGAUAAACAAAGUGGAAUUGUUAAGUAUGUUGUAACCAUGGGAUCAUCAGAAGGAUCACAUGACAUGUUCACUGGACAGGAAGUAGAUGGAAUUACGGAUACCUUCAACUUCAACAAUGUCAGUCAGUUCAUGGUCCAAGAUCAGCCAUACUACGUUACAGUGACAGCUGUCAAUUAUGUUGCCAUGGAAACCUACAGUUUCUCUAAUCCAAUCAGAAUAGACACCACACCCCCAUCCUAUGGCAAGGUCAUUGACCUUUACACUACCUACAGAGUGGAUGCAGCAAAUGCCACAAAGACUGUACAGAUGAAUACCAAAAUAUGCAACUCUGAAAAUGACUGUGAUGCUUUAGAUGCUAUAUGUACAGAGACUUUCUCUACAGUGUCUGUCACAUGGCAGCCGUUUACAGAUUCAGAGUCUGGUAUAGCUGGGUAUGAGAUGGCCGUAGGAAUAACACCAGGUGGCGCCCAGAUACAAGCUUUUACGGUAGUACCUACUGGAGCGUUGUAUCAUACCAUUGGUGGACUUACUAUGUCUGGUAACACAAUUAUCUAUGUUUCCAUAAAAGGUAUCAACGGAGCUGGACUAUCCAGUAUUACCUCCUCCGAUGGUGUUUACUUGUCAUAUGUCAGUCAAGGAUUAUCUCCCCUGGAAUCUAUUGGUGUCAUGGAUACGCUCGAGGAAGGGUCAGCUGUUGAUGUCCAACUACAAGAUAGUACAAACACCUACAGAGCUAAGUGGGACGUGUCAGGAGAUCCUUGCCCAGCUGUCAAUUAUAAGUGGAAAGUUCAGCGAUUGGAUGGCUUGAUAGUAGCUGAUUGGAAAGAUAUGGAUUUAUUAACAGAAGGAAUGGUAGAUGGCCUGUCCUUACUCAAUGGAGAGUUGUAUUACUCACUGGUCAAGGUGACCACAGCUAUUGGAUACUCUUACUUCCUGAGGUCAGACGGAGUGACCAUACAACAGAAUGCCUUACUUCCUGGUCGAGUGUUUGACGGAGAUAUGACAGGAUAUGAUUUGAACGUCCUGUCCUCCCAGUCUAUUGUGUUUGCCAACUGGGACGGGUUUGGUUUACCUAGCGACACUAUUGCUCAAGUGGACAUCCUAACAGGAAAGGCAGGCAUUCAGAUAGACCAAGCAGAUCUUGAAGCACAGCCAUUGGAUCAGAAAAUUGUGAAAUAUGAGGUUGCAUUGGGAACAGACAGAAGAUUUGCCAAGACAAGAGAUGAUACAGUUCCAUUUACUGAUGUAGGACUCAACAAGUCUGUUAUAUUCUUUGACCUACAUUUGACCCCUGGAGCUGGAAGAUAUUAUUUUUCUGUGAGAGCUUACAGUUCCUCUUACUCUAUGGUAGAAGUGUCCUCAAAUGGAUUCUAUGUGGGAUUUGAUGGAGGUGUAACAGCUGGAACAAUAAACAUGGAGUCAAUCCUGAGCGUUGGAACGUAUGUAGAUGUACAAUUCAGUGGAUUUGAAUCAAAGAUAGAAAUUCUGAUGUAUUAUGUUGCUAUGUCUAACAAUACAGAUGCCAUGGGAACUAGCUGCACACACUAUGUUGAUGGAGGAGAUACAACUAAUGAAGAGAAGAGAAAAAUGUUUACAGAAUACAAUCUGACCAACAUCAAAACUGACACCUACAUUAAAAUGGAAAACUUAAACCUUACUGCAGGACGGAAAUAUUAUGUCUUUGUUAUGGGUGUAGACCGGUCUGGAGAAUGUAACAUGACCUACCAUGAGUUCACAAUAGAUAACAGCCCUCCAUUGGUUGGUAGAAUGAAGACUGGGCCUUACUUUGAUAUGCCUAUAAGUUACACCUCUGACAGUUCUUCAUUAUAUGUAUAUUGGGAGAAUUACACAGACCCUGAGUCUGACAUCAAGUCUUACGAAGUCUCAUUGUGGAGGAAUAGUUCCUGUAACGUAGGUUCCACACAGAAUGUGGAAGUGGAUUGGAUUAGUUUAGACAGUAAUUUUACAGACUAUAAAUUUGUUGAUCUGGCUUUACAGAAUGACAUGCCAUACAAAGUGAAGCUAAGAGUAACAAACAAAGCAGGACAUUUCAUUGAGGACCAGUCUAACUCUGUCUUUUAUGAUGGUAGUCAACCAACAGCUGGUAGAGUUGUAGCUGGACUGGAUUAUAGAAAUGAUCAAGUUUGGUUUAGCUCAUCAUUGCAUGUAUCUGGUAUUUUCCUACACAUGGCCUCUCCAACAGUUGUCACAUGUCCUAGUAAUCCAGUAUCAUUGGUCAGUGGUACAAACUGGAAGACAGUAGUGCAGACGGGCAUGGAGGAUCCCAGUAGGGAGAAGUGGAACCUGGAAUACAGGGCUCAGAAUGUGGGAAACCAUACAAAAGAGGAUGAGAUCUGGAUAAAACUGGCUCGGGAUGUUAAAAAGGAGCAGUUAUUUACAGGAGGAUAUUAUAGACCAGCUGAUUUCAAUGGAGGUGGCGAAUAUAAGGUAUCCAUCCAAGCAGCCAAUGGUGACGGCCAUGCUGUUACAGAAGUGAUGUUAUGGGAGGGACCAGUAGAUGGUAUAGCCACCUUCAAUCAUUACAGGGAAUCAGACUGGACACAGGAAGUCUGCAGCUGUUGUUUUAUUACACCUUUACCAGAGAACUGCACUGCGUGUAAUUGUACCAAAUAUUUAUCUGAUAAGUUUGGUAAUGACAAUGUGACAGCGCCACCUACAAUGUCUACCACUACCAUGGUACCGACAACAACACAGCCAUAUGAAAUAGUUGAGACUGUAAAAACUGAUGAAGUAGACAUUGUAUACAAUAUCACAAACACUGUCAACACAACUGUUACCAAACAGGAACCAGUAGAUACCAGUACAUCACCUGCUCGUCCAUCAUGUGGUAUACAGAUUGUGGCAGGUCAGUACCAUCCUUUACUGUUACAUUGUCUAGAGAAAUUGUAUGAGGAAUUAAACAUGUCAAAGACACCACAACCUGAUCUAAGAGCAGAUCACAGAUGGAAACCACCAAUGGGUUUCAAACUCAGUACAAGUCCAUACUUAGUAUCCUGGUGUAGAUUGUACAAUGAUUCUCUAACUCCACUUUACACUGAGGAUGACUUAGAUUUUGACCCAUCAGCUGGUUUCCAUGACUAUAAGAUGGUAGUCGAUUAUGAGAAGUAUGACCAGAUUGAGAAAACUUGGUGUAUGAAGGUGUAUGUAGAUGGCUCUAUGUUCAGUAAGAUAUGUGGUAUCCCAGAAUUCAGUAGUGAUACCAAACUAUUACUGCAUGUCUUCAAUAAGAACAAUUAUGUGCCACCAAUUACAGAUUUGUUUGAUGUGUUCUCGACUAGAGCCAGCUUCAGGAACGUGAUAAUGCCACCAUCUUCUGAGGCUAUGUGUAGAUAUGGGGGACCAUUUUAUGGGGGAGUAAUACCCAUUGACAGAUAUGAAGCUGGUAUUGGAACUGACCAGUUAAUGACAGAUGUGGUAUCUUAUCAGGAAGUACUGGAUCCCUGUAUACCAUGCUAUAGUCCUUGUGCUCCAUACACUUGUGAAACCACAUGUAAUCCAACAGAACAGAAACUGUUAAACUUUACAUUAACAGAUCUCAGCCUGCCUGCUAAGAGGGAGGAGAAUACUACAGGACAGUUGGUCAACACAUCUAUUUCUUACUUUUUAACAGUAAAAGCCGUCCUAAGUUCAGGAAAGUCAGCUGAGGCAUCCUCAUCUGUGUUUUAUAUUGAUGAUACAUUACCAUGGUUUGACCUUGAUCAGAUGACCCCAAUGUAUAUUGACAUCAAACAAGGGGAACUAACUCCUGUCAGCUUCCAGUCAUCAAACAGUACAAUCAAAGCAUUUUGGAGAUGUAUUGAUGAGGAAAGUCAAAUUGUGAAAAAUUGGUGGGCUAUAGGUACAUCAGUAGGUGGUGAGGAUUUACAGCCCUGGACAUCAGUUGGAGAGGAUCAGAUAGCCAGUAACAACAGCUUUGAAGGAGUUCUCCAGAACAAUAAGACCUACUAUGUGUCAGUACGGUGUCAGAAUGGGGCAGGACUUGAAGCUACACACACUGAUAUGACAGGAGUGAGAGUUUUACUAGAACCACCGUCAGCGGAUGGAGUAAGUGUUACUAUUCCUGAUUCUUCUGACUUUGCUGGUUUUACUGUUUAUCCAACUGGUUCCAGGACAACAACUUUUGAUUCUUCAAUGGGAAUGACCUUCACAGUGGGAACAGAUCAAUCUAUUUAUAGAUAUGACUGGUGUUUGGGUUCAGAUGAACUCAGAGAUGACAUUUUCCCAUGCACAUGGAUUGGCCAUAAUGCAUCUGGAACCAUCAAAAUAGAAAAUGGCUGGCUGACAAUAAAUGCAGCAGACGUCAGGCGACUGUCAGAGUUUAAUCCUGUUCAAGAUAGUUCCCUGUCAGAAACAGAAAGACUUAGUGAUGAUAACAAUGCUUUUAAGAUGGAGCCAGGACGAACAAUCUUUAUGAUGCUACAAGUGUGUAAUGAGGCAGUGUUAUGUACACCACUCCAGAUAGCCUCAGUCCUUGUAAUGAAUGACAAAUCUAUUGUGUGCUAUCCUUCUUCUACAAAUGCUCCUACAUGUGAUACAGAUGGGCAUAAUAUUCAAAUAGAUAUUGAUCCUGCUAUCCAUAGUAGAAGAAAGAAGAGACAUCUAGAGGGUGGUGAAAUAGAAGUUCAUACUCCUGAUGUAAUUUUUGUUGGUCAAAGUUUGUUAUUACAACCCAUGGACAACACAACACUAACAGAAAACUAUUUGUCGUCUGCCUCUGACAGUUUCCUACCAUACAUCGUCAACCCAUACAACACUACAGAUAAACUGGAAAGACUACUACAUGGAAGAUGGAUAGAAAGUCAAUUUCUCUUUGGUCUGGCCUCCAUUGGACAUGCCCCUUAUCCAGGACCCAUAACUCUGGAGUAUGACAACACUGAACAUGAUAAAGACAAUGGAAUGAAAGUUAUCAUCACACAUUGGAAUCCUAGAAAUCAACAAUGGGAGAUAACUAGUAGGUCCUGUUUAGGUGUAGAUGGUGUAACAGAUCUAGAAAUGAACGGCACUCAUGCAGAUCAUCUUGGUGCAAUUAAAAUCAAGGUGUGUAACACUUGGUCUUCAUCAGAUGGACAGAUCAGUGAUUUCUUUAUGUAUGAGACACUAUUCUCCAAGACAUUGGUUUUAAUUGAUUUGGUCAAUACACCACCAGAACUUGAGGGACCAACAAAUAUAACAUUCUCUGAAGAUGAAGGUACCUUACAGUAUCCUCUGAAGGCCAUAGACCAGGAAGGUGACCAAGUUCUGUUUUAUUUGAAUUCAUCAGAAACCUAUGAUAUGGGUACUCCAACGUUAACAGUGGAAGGAUUGUUGCUGUACACACCAUGUGCAGAUUGUACAGGUUUAGAGAUUAUUCCUGUCAUUCUCCUGGAGAAUCAGACUGGGACAGAUAUUUCCCCACUAAGUACUACUGUUUAUCUGUGGAUCAAUGUCACUGAUUUAUUUGAUCCACCAGUGAUAUUCCUCACUCAGUACGGAGAAUCUUUGUUAGGGGCUGAUCCAACAGAACCCAUUAUUGUAUACAUGGAAGAAAAGACAGAAGUUAAUGAAGAUAACUGGUCCCCUGCUUGGGUAGUUGUUCUAGGAGCCUAUGAUGUGGAGAUUGAGGACACUCUGAUACUUAUUACCCAGAAUUCAUCACUUGGUAUUUUGAAUAUCACAGAAGAAUCAAAUACUGUACCUAACAUAACAACUUGUCCUCCUGUUGGGGACAGAGAGCAAACAAUAUUUCCAUGUGGCAAUUUAGGCCUUAACAAGGAACCAGAAAGGGCAGCAUGGUUAUACAUGGCACUUUUCUAUGAUCAGUUUUACAAUGAAUCUGGUAUUGAUGAGAUAAAGAUUUACAUACAGGAUGAGAAUAACAUGACGUCAGAUGUCAUCACCAUACAGUUUGUUAUACUCAUGUCACCUUGUUACAGUCACGGAGAUUGUCAACCCAAGACUGACAGUCCUUAUCCAUGCCAAGAUGUCCAGCGAGCCACUAACUUCAGUCAGUACUACUUCUGCCAGUGUGAGCCAGGUUGGGAAGGAGAAUUCUGUGAGAUUAAUAUUGACGAGUGUGCCACCAAUCCCUGUGACAGUCCGUACGUCUGUACUGAUGGCAUCAAUUCUUACACCUGUGCAUGCCAUGUCAGUGAGCCAGAUUGUGAUGCCCUGCCCCCAUGGGUAUUUGCCUUGAUAGCUAUUGGGGCACUGAUUUUAAUCCUCAUCAUUCUAGGCUUGUUGUACAGAUGGAAAGUCAAGAAAAGUGGCCACUUCAAGUGGGUAUUGAAAUACAUCCUUUGCCAUGAGGAGCCACAAAAGUAUGAUUAUGAAGGUGAAGAAGAUGCUAGGUCUAUUUCUACUGUUACCUCCAUCAUGUCCCAGGAGUUUAUUAACCUCAAAUAUGAUCAAAACUUAUCAGAUUACGAAGAUAGCGAAAGGGAUUUUGAGGGAAUGUUUUCACCACCUCCUCCGUACAGACCAAUGAAUGACAUGGAAAGGAUGAACUUUGUCAAGGAUAUAAGAGUCGAGUUUGACACAGAUCCAUUUUCUAACAGAAUGGAAUGGGAACAGUGCUUCCCACCCAAGUCAGAAUGGGUAACUUACCAACGUCAUCAAAGAUCUGACUUCAACCCACUGAUCACUACACACACAGAAAAUUCUAAAUUUACAACACCUACCCCAGUACCUGAUGAAGAAGCAAUUCCUCAGAAGGAAGGAGGAGAAUAUGUUUUGGUUGAGCGCCAUAAGAAAUCCUCGUUUAAUGCAUUGAUGGCUAAAAGUAUUGAGAACAUUGCAGACGGUAGAACAACUCCGCCUACACAGAUGUCACUCAUGAAGAAUGAUAAAUCUCCAUUACAGAACGGUGAUGUUGUCGUACCUACGGUAAAGAUUGCCCCAGCACCAGAAACUAUUGUGGAAGUCUUACCUCAAACAGAUGGACCUAGAUUUAAUCUACCCAAAAUACUAAAGUUACCAGAACCAACUCCUAUCCAUAUGACAUGGAGGGCGCAGACCGAGGUUCAUGAAGACAGACCAAGUACCUCUGGGCUCUCAUCGUCAAGUGGUGGCCAUGAAGACUCAGAUGCUAUGCCAAGUUCAUCUGGAGAGCAUUUCGACAAGAUUCCUCCUCGACCAAUGUCUAGAAACGUGGCAAGAUGGGCUCCCUCUGCAGUCACACAUAAAUCUCAGGCUUCUAAACCGACACAGGAAGAUAGUACAGAUGACGAUGAGUUCGGUUUUGAUCUAGAAACUAGAUCUGAAAGACCAAAGUCCAGAUAUCGUAUUCGUGAGGCUAAGCCUGAUGAGAACAAAUAUAAAGGGAGCUACAGUAACUACCCAGAUUCCCACGCACCAAUGUUGUAAACUUUUCUAACAUUUCUGAAUUUUCUGUUUGUUAGUUGUUUGAGUUUUUGUUGAAUUGAAGUUUUUUUACAUUUUCAAAUUUUGAGGAACUUUUUUUUCAUAUUUAUUUAUUUUUUGAAAACUUUUAUGGUUAUUUUAAAUUUCACUUUUCAAUAUUUUUGUUCUCCAUAUAUUUAUUUUUUGUAAGCUUUUAUGGGAUUUAUUGAACUUUGAAUGUUUGUUUCUGUUAAUGUAGUUUGUUUUAUUUUUUGACUGAAAACAUGCUAUAGCAAAAAUCAUGGAUUAGACCACCCCACCCCCCUUCUUCUAAAAAAUACACAUCUCAAAACCUU